CGCGUGUAACCGAUCCGGCGGAGAACGGCCGUUACGGUGUCGAGUCGUUGCCGUAGUAUAAAUAUUGUAGUCAGUGGCAACGUGACCGUUCGCGCACGCCGUUCACCGUCGCGCUGGCACAUAUUAUAAUAUUGUGAUAAUAUCGUCUUCACGCGAUACCGAUACACGUCGUCACAACACCCGUCGCACUCGUGUCGCAUAAUAUUGUUUUGUUGUUGGACGGUUUGCCGUGUGUGCGCCCCGGCGAGUCCGCGAUUCACAGGCUGUUCCCGGCUUUUCGGUUCUUCCGAUGCGCGUUUCUGCGGCCGUUCUCGACAGGUGCAGUGUUCUUCGCGCUUCGAACUGAGUGGCCUUAAGCCCUCGCUCCGAAUUUAUCGCUACCGCGGGAGCUUUCCCAACUCGGUACCAUUUGAUUUUCUCGCGUCUGUGCGUGCUUGUGUGUGUACGUCCAACUGGAUAUCCUAACGGCGCUGACCAUGGAGACCGAAGAGAUCACCAAGCUCGUAGACGGCAUCUAUAAGAAUAUAUUGGAGAAGUUCAAUCCAGGUGCCCGGCAAAUGAUUAAUGCAGGAAAGGCAUAUCUGAAAGCACUUCACGGAGCCGCUUCAGCUUCCAAGUUAUAUACGGACGCCAUAAUGAGAUUGGCCAGACAAUCACAGCAAGGAACUUGGGGAGGAUCAGCCGAUAUUGGUUCAGCACUUAUGCAGAUCGUUGAGGUUUACAAGGAAAUCCAAUCACAGCAGCUAAACAUCCUGAAAGCGUUUUACGUGGAUUUACUAGUGCCGCUAGAGACAAAUCUCGAAAAGGAUACCAAAGUCGUUCAGUCCGAACAAAAACGAUUUUUGCAACAGCAUAAACAAAGAUCCGAAAGUUAUAGCAAGGCUGCAUCUGCUAUGAAAAAGUGUCGUAAAAAGCAUAAGGUUGGACCCAAAGCAGGAUUGGCCAUGGAUAAGGAAAUCAAGACUAUGCAAAUCCUAGAAGAAGAAAAAUCUAAAUUGGAUAACUUUUGUGAACAAAGUUUGAAAAAUGCCAUGACACAGGAGAGACGUAGAUAUGGUUUUGUAUUGGAAAGGCAGUGUUCGUUGGUUAAACACUGUCUAGCGUAUCAUACCAACACCCAGUCAAUGUACGAUGAACAUCUUAAUGACUGGCUUGACGUGGCUAAGUCUCGAGAACGAUUACCAGAAUCUGUGGAAACCAUGUUUGCAACAAAACUCCGUCAAGUAAGCUUCUGGCUGGAUGAUGACGUUAGUUCUCCAAGAAUUGACGAUGAUAGGAUUUCGAUGUCAUCACAAUUGAGAAAAACGAAAUCAAUGGAUGCAUCUUGCUUGGAUGUUCGAGCCAUGAAUGAUAUAUCCAGUCCGGUUUUAAAUUAUCCGCUUUCUAGAGCCAAAUCAGAUUUCAAUUUGAACGCAUCAUCGCAGUCUCUGAACAGAAUGGAGAACGGGUCGAGUCCGGGAAAUAAUGGAUCCAGACCAAAGUCAAUGGCAGUAGUUGAUAACGGAUGGGAAUCUCAGGGUGCAAAUCUUGUUCAAGCAACGCAUGCUUAUUUGUCGAGCGGUGACAAUCAACUAAGCUUCCAUGAAGGAGACACGAUCGCUAUAUCAGGAGAACGAAACAAAGGAUGGCAAUUUGGUGAGAAUUUACGUACUCAGUGCAGUGGUUGGUUCCCGUUAACAUAUACCGAACCCGUAAUGGACGACUCAGUCUUUUCGGACUCGCCAUCUUCAUAUCGACGAAAGGAUUCCAUGGGCCAGUCCACCGUCUCGAAUCACAACAGAAGUGAAUCAGCAACGAUCGGCAAACAAAACCGUUAUCAAACUACGACACUUACGAGAUUCGGCGAUUCUUUGUCUCACAGAAAUCCAUAUCCGGCGCGGUCCAGGACGAACAGCAGAUCGAAUGGUUACGGGAUCAACUCCCACGGACCUCCGCCUCCGACCGUUCCUGCUCCAGUAGUGCCUCGCCAGUAUGGAGGGCACAUACCACCCCCGGUUGCGUUUUUCCCACCACCACCCCAGACAUUGCCACCUGCACCCGGAAAACCAAUCGCAAUCGACAAGAGGACCGGUGGAGUCCACCACCAACACGGUAACGCGAGUUUACACAGUAGCAACGAUAGCGGUUUCAGUAACGAUCCGCCGCCGGCACCAGAAGUUGACUAUUCGGAUGACGAAAAUGCGAGAACGAUCAAAGAUCCGAAGAAAGAAGCGCGUUCCAAACAAGCAGCGUCUUACAGCAGGUCACCCGAAGAGGACCGUGGUUACCAUCGUCCAGGUCAUCAUCACAGCCAGACGUUGACGAUGACGACGGGCGGCCGACAGUCAACUGGAACGAUGAAGUCGUCGUACAACGGUGGCGGCGGUGCCAUGAACACUGGCAGGCGGAACACCGGCACGUCGUCCAUGCGGCAGAGCACAAGCGUUGGACACCUGUCGUCGUUGGGCGGCGGUGACGGUAACACGCUGUCCAGGCAGGUAAAUUCUGCGUAUGGUAACGAAGACGACGACGGGAGCACCAUGCAGGGCAAGAAGAUCAAGAGGACAAAGUCCAUGUGGAAGUUCAAGAAGUCUGGCUCGAGCGACGAAGUAUUGACCGGCAUGUCCAUGUGGAAGCACAGAUCACUGGUGGACGUGAACGCCGCGGAGGCGGAAGAGCAACAGCAACAGCAGCAGCAACAGCAACAGCACAACAACAACAAUUACAACAACAAGUCGUCGACGGGUACACCGGUAACCAGCAAGAAGUUUACGGUAACGUGCCGGGACAUCGAUAUAGCCGCGGACGACGACGAUAGUCAGACGAUAAUGAACGGCGGCGUGGGCGGCGGGUCGUCAACGGUGCGUCGGAUGACGUACGACAACCGUAACCAGCAGCCGAAGCAACAGCAACCACUGCAGCAGCAUCGGAGCAGGAGAUCGUCCUCGUCGAGUUUCGGCGGAGGUGACGACUCCGAGUCGUGCAUCGUGGUGGACGAUCACUUGAAGGACGUUAGAUCAGCACCGCCGGCUCCCGCCAGUCUGUUGCCCAGGACCCGAUUGAUCAAGCAGACGGCCGGGAAAGACGGUCAAGCAGGGAACGGAAUGCAGGCAUCACACCACCACCACCACCCCCACAACCAGCAGCCGACCACCAUGAUGAUGAUGAUGCCUCCACCUCCACCACCGCCUCCGGCAGUCAGGACCGCGACCGCGGACGAUGGAUAUGCGCCACACGACUCGGACGCGGACGUCCGGUUUGAGAGUUCUAAACUGCAGACGUUCAAGUAUAUCAAUGCGACUCACAACGACGGCUGGUACGACUCGUGGGGAGAGAAGCGAAAGAAAUAGGACGCCUAAGGACGAACGUGUUUGCGACGAUCAAACUGCGCAAAACCAACACCAAUGACCGGUCAGCGCCGAAGAUCAUAUAAUAUAACAAUAUUAUUCGUCGCUAACCGAAAAGAUCAAUCAUAAAAAAAUAUUAUAUGCCAGCUAAUGCAUAAUAUUUUUCUACAUUUUUUUCUACAAAUUACGUUAUCAGCUUAAGUGAACAAUUUUCUUCAAAAUAUUUUAUCAUAACAUUAUGUACUAUUAUUAUAUUAUUACAGGUAGUUAGUCGUUUUUACAUACCAGAAAAAAAAACACUGUAUAUACACUCGAUAUAUGCAGGCCGAACAUUGCUCAACUAAUCUAAUAGCGUCCGAACUCUAUGUGUACACGACCGUUGUUGAAAAUCUGUACAGUUAGGUUAUAUAGGUAUAAUAUGCAAUAAUAUAUAAGUAUUUAUCAUAACGUAUAUUAUUUAAGGUGAGGUUACGCGAUUAUAAUUUGAUUUUUUACUUCUUUUAUUUACCAACCAAGCUACCGCCACUGAUCGUAAAUAAUAAUAUAUAAUACCAUAAUAUUAUGUUAUUAUACGAUACUUUUUUAUUUUUCAAUUCGCUUUCUUCGGCAGAUAUAUAUAUAUAUAUUAUAUAUCGUGUGAUUACAUCAUAUACAUAUAAUUAUUAUUUAUGUAAAUAGAGAGUACAUAAAUCAAUGAAAUAUCUGUUACAAAGGCUAUAGCUAUCAAUGCAUACUUGGACCGCUUAUCUAGGUUAAUUACUCGUGUCUUAGUGAAUACAAAUUAUAAUAUACGUGUUGACAAGUUGUUUUAGACAAUUAUUAUUUCUUUAAUACAGUAGACAGAGAUUUUAAACGAAUCAAACGCAAUUUUGCAAAGGUGUUCAUAAUAUAGUUAUUAUUUUUUCAAGUACGGUUUUUUAACUUUUCGUUUGUCUUAUAAAAUAUGUUAUAUUAUAUUGCCUAUUCUUGUAUUCCGUCCGUGUCAAACAUUAUUGGUUAUUACAAUAUAUAUGUAUGACGCAUACGUAGGUAGACAGGCAUUAAACUACACAGCUUAAAGUAAAUAUGUCUCUAAGGCAAAUUUUACACGUGCAUGUACUAUUUAUUAUUAUAUAAUACUUCAAAAACGAAAGAGUAUAAUAAGCAUAGUAAUAUGUACUCGAUAUAAUAAUAUAUAAUAUACCAUAUAUCACGAAAAAUUAUUACCACUUGUGGACUGUGGUAUAAUAUUAUACCUAAUAUUUUCAUAUGUAAUAUUUUGUUGUAAUAUAGUACCAUAAUAUUAUCGGAUCGAUACAUAUUAUUAUAUAUAUUAUACACUGCAGCCAUAUAUAGAUACGACUCCGAUAUAUACCCAUUAUAAUAAUCGUAUCCAUAUGUAUCGUAAUAUUUAAUCGCAACAUCGCCAAAAUCGUUAUACCCAUUACGCAACUGCAGCACAGGUGCAUAAUGCAGAGACCCUAGUUAUAAUAAAUCACACGUGUAAAGAUUUUAAAUUCAAUUCAGUAUCACCGGUAGGUAGGUAGGUAUAUACAAAAGACCGAAGGCUCGUAAGUUGUUUUAUUUUGUAACUAGUCGUUUACCCAGUUUGAUCAUAAAAUAAGCGUAAAGGACAGUGUCGGAUUUAUCGCGGGAUUGCAGGGGGUGCAAUGCACCGAGGCCUGAAGGAGGCUAAGUAUAUGUUUUAGGGGCCUCGGGUAGCAGGUGCCCUAGGAUAUUUCAGCUUUAUAAAGUGAUGGGCCGUUAAAGAUAUUCAACAAUGGUCAAGAAAAAAGUAUUUUAGGAAAUUAAUUGCACCGGUUUAUUUAAAAAAUGUUAUGGACCCGGUUUUGUUCCUAGAUAUACGUCUUGUGACCACUGGAUUUUAGUUUAGUUUUAUUGAAUAUCAAAAACAAUAUUAUACAUAAUAAACGCAUCAAAUGACUUAUAAAAAGCAAUUUUUUUUUGAAGUCCUCCAAUUGUGUAGGCGCAUCCCGGCCAUCCGAGAAUUAGAUCCGGCACUAAGUCUAAAAAUGGGUUUAGUUCAUUCAAAUGUGUGCGUUACAUAAUACAACCUCUUAGUCUUACGGUCUAUCGUGUAAGUUGGGUAACACCUUGCGCCGAUAAGUCUAUAUUAUAAUCAUUUAAAAAAUUAAAUUUGUACUAUUUUUAUGGGUCUUCCCGAACAGAUGAUAAUAUUUAAAACAUCGUUGUAUGCAAUUUAUUCACUAUCCGUGAGUCGCAGCUGUUUUGUUGUGUAUCACUAUACUUAUCAAUUUUUUAUGUGCGUUUGUUUUUUGUUUUUUAUUUUUUGCCUG